CGUUUUCACUCCUCAGUCGUAGUUCGCAUGCAGACGCAUACGCGUUCAGUGGACGGGAACACGUAACGUAACGACGAUAUGCCUUGUGACGAUCGUCCGGGAAACCGCGCGCAAAACCCGCCCUAAAACACACCCCGGGGCUUGACGUGAUAAUAUUUGACCGCGCAUAGUUUUUUUUUUUUUUUUUAUAAACGUUCUUUUCCGCACACCGUACGAGUGAAGUGCAUCGAUAGCCAACGUGCAGUGUCGCGAACAACGUACUGGACAUCAACGGUCGUCUCGCAGGCUGGACCGCUGGUGACGUAUCGCCUAGUGCCGGCGACGGCGCGAGCCUACGACACGCAACGGCCACGUGAAGAAAUGUCGAAGCUCGGCCGGCCGGUCUUAGCAGCCGUCGUUUUGCUGUCGCUGGUCAGCCGGAACACCGCAGAAAAUAUCGUCUGCGGUCAUCCUCCGGUUCCGGUCAACGCCAAACUCGUCCGCGACGGACCUAAAGCCUCAUUCGUUUGCGAUGACGGUUAUAGACUCUUCGGGUCCGAAUCGAUUACAUGUUCCUCGAACGGUGUUUGGACUGGAGACCUUCCGUUUUGUGGGACCAACGUGGCAGUACACAAGCCAACCAAUCAGUCAACAACGGCCAGGGGUGGAAGUUCGGGCAACGCCAACGACGGAGAUCCGACAACCGUGCAUGACGGUCGAAGGUGUACGGAAACCCUCAAGGAACCGUCUCCAUGGUGGACGGUUGACUUGUUGCAGCCGUAUCCAGUCAGAGCGGUAUCCAUCACGACCCGAGGUUGCUGCGGUCAUCAACCAUUACAAGACAUAGAGAUUAGAGUUGGAAAUAGUAGUACAGAACUGCAAAGGAAUCCAUUGUGUUCAUGGUUCCCAGGAACAAUAGAAGAAGGAACAACAAAAGUUUUAAGUUGCGCGCGACAAAUUGUUGGACAGCACGUGUUUCUACAAUUGGUGGGCGUUGAAGGAUCGUUGUCUUUAUGCGAAGUCGAAGUGUAUUCUACCGAAGAAUUCUCUAUCGAUCGCUGCGCGCCGGGAAGUUCUUCCAAUGACGUGGCUGUCUUCGACAACAAAUGUUACGAAUUCAACGUAAACCGGGGUGCGUCAUUUGCAGAGGCACGGCAAAAAUGUCAAGCGACUAGUGGGGACAUUGUGCACGGCUUUCGGGGGUCAUCUUCGACAUUUCUAGCAGCCGAACUCGAACGGCGGAAACCCAGGUUAAAAACUCAAUUAAUUUGGAUCGGAGCACAAAAGGAGCCAGGAUUGACCUCAAGGACGUGGAAAUGGGUGAAUGGAGACGUGAUAACGAAACCGACGUGGGGAAAAGAUCAACCGAACAACUACAACGGCGAACAGAAUUGCGUAGUACUUGACGGAGGGCGUGAAUGGUUGUGGAACGACGUAGGAUGCAAUUUAGAUUAUUUACAUUGGAUUUGCCAAUACACACCAAUGACAUGUGGAAGUCCCGAAAUCAAGAUAAACAGCACAAUCGCAAGUCCGUACACCUUUAAAGUGUCGUCGGUCAUAGAAUACCAAUGUCCUGAAGGACAUUCUACGCAGGGGCCGGCCAAGAGAACGUGCGGAGCCAAUGGGUUUUGGACUGGAUCGGCACCGACGUGCAAAUACGUCGAUUGCGGGCCAUUGAACGGUAUAGAAAACGGUACCAUCACGUUAGAAAAUAACAGAACCACUUAUAUGGCGAUUGCUAAAUAUUCUUGCAAUCAAAAUUACAGUUUAUCAAAUGGUGACGCUAAAAGAACGUGUACCGAUGAAGGAAAAUGGAGUGGACGCACUCCACAAUGUUUGUUCGAUUGGUGCGGAGAUCCUCCUGAAGUACAGGGAGCCACAAUGAACAUAAUGGGUCAUAAAGCAGGAUCCGCUGUCACCUAUUCGUGUCAACAAGGAUUCGUAGCUAUCGGUGGACAACAGGAGUUAAAAUGUGGACUUGGUGGCGAAUGGGUAGGAAAACCGUUAGUCUGUAGGUUUGUAGACUGCGGCCCACCACAAAUAAUAGAAAACGGAUUGGCUACGUUAAUCAACGGUACCACGACACACGGUAGUAUUGUUGAGUAUACAUGUGAACAAGAUUAUUGGCUUCAACCUCACACUAGCCGUCGUCAAAUUUGUACCAAAGAAGCGAAAUGGUCCGCAGAUCCGCCCACGUGUCAAUUGAUUACUUGUCAAGAACCCGAAGUGCCUACAGGAGGUUAUGUGGUUGGCUACGACUUCAAUAUUCACUCGAGCAUCGAAUACCAUUGUGACCCAGGUCAUAAAUUGAUUGGCAUAUCGAUUUUACAGUGUAAUAAUAAUGGUGAAUGGAGUACAACACCACCAGAAUGUCAAUAUAUUGAUUGCGGUAAACUUACACCACCGGUUUAUGGUACAUUACACUACUCCAAUGAUUCUACACACCUUGAUAGUGAGGUCAAAUAUAGCUGUAGUAAUAACUAUAGAUUGACCGGAACAGCUAUACGAUAUUGUCAAGAAAAUCAAGCAUGGAGCGGGACAGCUCCAAAAUGUGAAGAAAUAAGAUGUCCGGAACCAAUUCGUCCAGAACACGGAAUAUUAUCAGUAACAGGCAAUGAUCGUUCAUACGGACGAACUUUAAUAAGAACUUCUUCUGAUCCAAUUUCAACAUCAACAUACAAAAUUGGAGCACUAGUAAAAUAUCGUUGUGAACGAGGGUAUAAGGUAGUCGGGGAACCAAUUAGUAAUUGUGAUGACACUGGUUCAUGGACAGGUGUAAUACCACAAUGUGUUUAUGUUGAUUGUGGAACUCCUGAGAGUAUUGAUAAUGGAAAAUUCAAUUUAGUGUCAAAUGUUACAUAUUACGGUUCAGCUGUAUUGUAUGAGUGUGAUGAACACUUCCAACUCGAUGGACAUGGAAGAAGAUUAUGUCUUGAAAAUGGUACAUGGAGUUCAGAAACGCCAAAAUGCCAAGAAAUUAACUGCGAUGAUCUCAAAAGCGAAAAUAAUCUACUAGUCAAAGUAACAUCAAGAACAGUUGGCGGAACAGCUGAAUAUACAUGUCCACGGGGAUAUUUCACGAUUGAUAACAACACAAGACAUUGUUUGCCAAAAGGAUCAUGGAGUGGAAGACCACCAACAUGUCAAAUGGUAGACUGUAAACAUCCGGGUGCAAUUGAGAAUGGCAGAGUCAUAAUAAUGAAUGAUACCACAACAUAUAAUAGUGCAGCGGAAUACCAUUGUAUUCCUCAUUUUCAAAGAAUGGGUCCUUAUAUGAGAAAAUGUUUGGAUGAUGGACAGUGGUCAGGAGAACAACCUUAUUGUCAAUUAAUAAGUGCAGCAAUAAGUGACAAUAGAACAUUAAGUCUAGCUGUAACUGUUGGAGGUGGCAUUGUUUUAUUCCUAGUCAUACUCCUUGCAUUAAUAUAUUUAAGACUUAAAAGACCUACUCCAGUCAAAAAUACAGAAAAUGUUGAAGGAGCUGUACGAAAAGAAGAACAAAAUACAGCAGUCAUGUCAUAUGCUUCAUUAAGUGAUGUACAGAAUCAUAUUUAUGAUUCAGUAACAGAUUAUACAUAUGACGAGCCAAGUAGUUACUAUGAGCCAUCCCCGGUCUCUAAAGCAAAAUCAGAUCACUCUGGAGCUACUGUAACUAUUAAUGGUGUAGCUAUUCGAUAAUGUUCCAAAUUUAUGAUUUAAGAUAUUUGUAAUAUUUGUAUUAUUGUAAAUAUAGUAAAUAUAAAUUUAUAUUAAAUGUACAUAAUUAGUAAUAGUAAGACGUAACAAACCACAGAAAAUACACUAAAAAACAUGUUGAUUUGGAAUAAGAAAUACAAGAAUUUGCAUUCUUUUAUUUGAGAAAAAGCUUUGUUGAUUAUGUCUCAUGAAUAUAUUUAAAUUGUUUGUACACUUGAAUUAUUAUUUAAUAUGUAAAAUGAGUGAGCUGUGAGUUAUAUUAAAUAAGUCAUAAUAAAUAUUAA